AUGCCCGUUGCUGUGGACUUUGAUCAACUGAUCGGAGAACCUCGGCGUGUACCGGGCGUUGGUUGGGCUGUUCCAUGUGAUGUGGUUGGUUUGGACAGCAAGAAGGCGAAAUCGGUGAAGGUUCGUUUUCAUCCAUCACUUGCGGAACUAAGUGUUGUGGAUCGAUCGAUCACAAAUGCCGCGUUGAGAGAUGCCUUGAAGUAUCUGGACGCAUUGCUGGAACAUAGUGAAUGGACUCGUCACGUUGUGAAAGCCGUCGAUUCGCGAAUUGGUCAUCUCGAAAGAAUCGCUCAUUUUAUGACACUGCGACAUCCAACA